AUGGACAUGGUGACUCUGAAUAACCCCUUGUUGGUCUUAAUUUUUGCUGCAAUUGUAGCACUAUGUGCAGUCAAGAAAAUCUUAGGAUCAUCAAAGAAGGAGAAGAAAAAAUAUUAUCCAAUUGCUGGAACAGUGUUGCAUCAGCUGCUUAAUUUCCGAAGGUUGUACGAUUACAUGACUGAAUUGACACAAAAAAACAUCACUUUCAGAUUGCUUUACCUUGACAACAGUGAAGUCUACACUGCAGACCCUGCAAUUGUUGAAUAUGUACUCAAAACAAAUUUUGCAAACUAUGGCAAGGGCUGGUACCACCAUAACAUCUUGAAAGAUCUCCUAGGUGAUGGGAUCUUCACAGUUGAUGGAGAAAGAUGGAAACACCAGAGGAAGAUGUCAAGUUACGAAUUCUCAACCCGAAACCUGAGGGAUUUUAGCAGUGGUGUCUUCAAAACCAAUGCAGCAAAACUCGCUGGGAUAGUUUCUGACGCUAUAGCCUCAAAUCAGAUCAUAGAAAUUCAAGAUUUAUUCAUGAAAUCGACUUUGGACUCAGUGUUCAAGGUUGUACUUGGCGUUGAUCUAGACAGUAUGCGUGGAACAAACGAGGAAGGGACUCAAUUUUCCAAGGCUUUUGACGAAGCAAGUGAAAUGACCUGCUACCGUUAUGUUGAUAUAUCCUGGCCAAUCAAACAGUACUUUAACAUUGGAUCAGAGGCUAAAUUGAAAAACUGUAUGAAGAUAGUUGAUGGAUUCGUUUACGAAGUCAUUCAAAACAAGAUCGAACAAGUGCGCAAGCCCAACGACGACCUUCCAGUGAGUAAAGGAGAUAUUUUGUCUAGAUUUCUGGAAAUGAAUGAAACAGAUCCGAAGUACCUUAAAGACAUAAUACUAAGUUUUAUAAUUGCUGGGAAGGAUACAACAGCAAGCACUCUAUCCUGGUUCUUUUACAUGAUGUGCAAACACCCACUGAUACAAGAAAGGAUUGCAAAAGAAGUGAGGGAAGCAACAAAACUUCAAGAGAAUCCGAGCAUCGAUGAAAUGGCAAACAGUAUUACUGAAGAAGCAUUGGACAAAAUGCAGUUUCUCCAUGCAUCCAUAACAGAAACUCUCAGACUUUAUCCUGCAGUCCCGGUGGAUGGGAAGAUGUGUUUUUCAGAUGAUACUUUCCCAGAUGGAUUCAGCGUGAAGAAAGGAAACUUGAUUUCGUACCAACCGUGGUCAAUGGGAAGGAUGAAAUCUUUAUGGGGCGAGGAUGCAGAGGAGUUCCGGCCCCAGAGAUGGUUAGAUGAAAAUGGUGUCUUCCAGCAAGAAAGCUCUUUUAAAUUCACAGCCUUUCAAGCAGGCCCAAGAAUUUGUCUUGGAAAAGAGUUUGCUUACAGGCAGAUGAAAGUAUUUGCUGCUGUGCUGCUUAGUGUCUUCUCGUUUAAGUUGAAUGAUGAAAAGAAAGCUGUGAAUUACAGAACUAUGCUAACACUGCAGAUCGACGGGGGCCUCCAUCUUCGCGCUGCACACAGAUUCAGACGCUGA